GCUGACGUAACCUGUGCGACUGGAGGACCAGCGCCGCCCGACGGGAUCGUGACCCCGUGCGUGUUCCCGUCGCGGCCUUCAGUUUCCCGCCUGCCGGUGGGGACCCGGACUGCCGGUCCUCGGGGCUCCUGCGCAGCUGCGGUGGCGGCGGCAGGUUGGCGCCUCGUGCGAGCGGGGUCGGGGAAGGGGACGCGGGUGCACCUGUCCCGGGGCCCUGCACGGCGGCGGGAGCGGCAGAGCCUGUGCCCCCGACCCAGCCCGGGCAGGCCCUGGCGUCUGACUCGGUCGCGCAUCAGAGCCUGUGACUGACCACCUCCACGUGGCACUGGGGCUCUGAGGAGGAAUGGCGGCCGUGGGCGGCCUGCUUGGCCUGCUGAGGCAGAAUGCCGCGAAGGCAGCUGGUCCUGCACGCUGUCGCCUGCACACGUCCUCCUGGUGCGCCGACAGCAGCAGGGCCUCGCUCACUCGCCUGCGCCGCCAGGCCUACGCGCGCCUCUACCCAGUGCUCCUGGUCAAGCAGGACGGCUCCACCAUCCACAUCCGCUACAGGGAGCCCCGGCGCAUGCUGGCGAUGCCCGUAGACCUGGACACCCUGUCCCCUGAGGAACGCCGGGCCAGGCUACGGAAGCGAGAGGCUCAGCUCCAGCCCCGGAAGGAGUAUGAGCCGGAGCCCAGUGAUGACUUUGACGCCGAGCGCUACCGGCAGUUCUGGACCAGGACCAAGAAGUGACCAUGGCUGGAGUUGUCUUGGGGACUUGCUAGGACUGGAGGGCAUCUGUUGUUAAAUCACACUUUUUGGAAGGCCCUGCUUUAAAUCUGUGUCUUGCAUCUUGGUAUGCAGCUUGCCUCCCUGAAAAACAUUGGCUCAGACACA